AUGAACCUUAAGGGAGACAAGGAAGUGGAGUUGGAUGAGGAUGGGGAAUGGGUGACAGGAGCAUCCAGGGGCAUGGAAAGCCAGGACCUCUUUAAUGCUGGAGGGAUUUAUCAGCUGCGCAUCCUGGAGUCCUUUUUCCAGCGGAAGAAAUACCCCAACCUGCCUGAGGCUGAAAUGCUGUCGGGGAUGAAGGGAAUCACUUACCCACAGCCAGGGCACAGUGCAGAGCAGAGGCCGAGGCGCAUCCUGGAGUCCUUUUUCCAGCGGAAGAAAUACCCCAACCUGCCUGAGGCUGAAAUGCUGUCGGGGAUGAAGGGAAUCACUUACCCACAGAUCCGCGUCUGGUUCCAGAACAGGCGAGGGAAGCACCGGAGACUUUACGCUGGAGACAGGACCCCUGGGAGCAGCCUCUCCGCCCUGCAGCCCCGGCCCUACGCAGAGCCCGCACACGGCCCGCUCUCCCCGUUUGACUGGCCAGCAAACCCUGUGUGCUCGGGGCCUGACCCAGCCCUUCCGUGGGCUCUGCAGGGACCAGCGAGCUCUGCCUUUGACUCCAGAGUUCACCUGCCUCCUCGCCAAACAGCUCCCAGCCCUGGUUCCAUGAGUUCAAAACACAACCCCCAGACGCCAGUAUAGGGACCUCGCCCCCUGCUGUGCAACCUGUGGCUAGUGACUCUACCUCCUUGUAGCUUCCUCCACUCCCUCAGGUCCAGGCCCUGGAGUAUCUGGAGCCUUGUGCUGAUUAAACUCUGCUCUCUUCAGAAGCACUUGUGGCCACCCUGGGUAACGUUACCUUCCUGUCUCUACUCCUCCCUGGCUCUGUUUCCCUGCCUGGGUCAAGGAGUUCUCACACUUUUCCAUUCCUGAGAAGUCUCUGACGCCCUUAGCUCAUGAAAACACCACGAUUUCUUCAGACUCCAAGCUGAAAGCUUGAGAGAGGGUGGGGGGAACGCUAAGGUCUCAGUAUUUGUAGAAUGUUGUGCGUCCUCUUUUCAGUGAUGCUUUUCUGCUGUCAGGAUGAAUUCAUUAUCUUAUUUGCUAAUUUAUA